AGUUCAGUUUCAACGCUCGUCCAAUGAGCACGCAGCAACAGCAGAGCAACAACAGCAGCAACUGGCCACGGCAGCAACAGCGUUUUGAAUUUCGAUUUCGAAACAAUUCUAGAAUUGCCUGCGCUUGCGCUAGAAAACUCGUCGCUUGACGUUUUCAAAAAUAAUCAACAGCUGUCCUCCCAUCCGGCACUGUAGAAACCGUUUGCUUGUUCGGAGUGCGAGUGUGAUUCACAACCGAUCUUUCAAUAUCUCAAUACUUCAAUAUCUGAGAUAUUACACAAAACGAGAAGAACAGACAAAAAUAAACACAAAACACGUGCGGUUUCUUGGCGGUUUUCGUUCGUUCGCUGUGUUUUGUUUUAUGCUAAUCGGCGUUAAAGUCAAUCAUACGAAUACGGAUUGCAAAUCGGUUGGUGCCAAGCAAAUUAUAUAAUUUGCCAUAAACAACUAACAUUUGUUAGUUGUUGUCGAGUGCAAGAGCCGGCACAUAGAGGAGGCGUCAUGUCCAACACGGAGAAAGGAGGUCUGCACAGAGUGCGAAACUUCCUGUCAUGCCGCCAAGUUCUGAACCUGCUGACCAUGCUCGGCUUCAUGCUGAACUACGCCCUGCGAGUGAACCUCACCAUUGCCAUCGUGGACAUGGUCCGACCCAAUGUCACAUCACCGGAGAAUGCCACUCUGACGGGGAACAGCACGGCGGCCAAUAGCACCGCAUCGCCGGACGGAGUGGAUGUGUACGAGGAGCGCUUCCCCUGGGACAGCUACCAGACCAACUUCGUGCUGGGCUGCUUCUUCUGGGGCUACAUCCUCACCGAACUGCCGGGCGGUCGUCUUGCCGAGCUGAUCGGUGGACGCCGCGUCUUCGGACAUUCCAUGCUGUGGGCCAGUCUGCUCACCCUGAUCACGCCGCUGGCGGCGCACAUCAACUACGUGGUGCUCAUCGUGGUGCGAGUGGUUCUGGGCUUCAUGCUGGGCGCAUCCUGGCCAGCCAUUCACCCGGUGGCCGCUGUCUGGAUUCCGCCAAUGGAGCGUUCCAAGUUUAUGUCCAACAUGAUGGCUUCUUCGCUUGGUGCUGCAAUCACCAUGCCCAUCUGCGGCUACCUGAUCUCCGUCGCUGGCUGGGCCAGUGUUUUCUAUCUGACGGGAGCCGUGGGUCUGCUGUGGUCCUUGGCCUGGUUCACCUUUGUCUAUGAGACACCCGCCACUCAUCCCAGGAUUUCUGCCGAGGAGCGACGGGAGAUUGAGGAGGCCAUUGGCACCACUACCUCCAAGAAGCGUCCGAGCCAUGUGCCCUGGGGUCAGCUGCUCUGCUCUCCAGCUGUGUGGGCAAUCAUCAUCUGUCACGGACUGGCCGUCUUUGGAUUCUUCACCGUGGUCAAUCAGUUGCCCACUUUCAUGUCCAAGAUUCUGCACUUCGAUAUCAAAAAGAAUGGUUUGUUCUCGUCGCUGCCUUAUCUGGGUAAAUACGUUAUGGCUGUGGCUUCAUCCUACCUGGCUGAUUACCUGCGCAAGAAGGGUACUUUGAGCACGACGGCCACCAGGAAACUAUUCACUACUUUCGCUCUUGUGAUUCCGGGUCUUUUGAUGAUUGUGCAAGUGUUCCUGGGCUACGAUGCCACCUGGUCUGUCACGAUCUUCUCGCUGGCGCUGUUUGCCCAUGGUGCAGUCACCGCUGGUUAUCUGGGCAAUGGUUUGGAUAUUGCACCGAACUUUGGAGGAACCAUUUUCGGAUUGGCCAACACGCUGUCUUCCUUCGGUGGCUUCCUUUCCACGUGGAUGGUGGGAGCCCUCACCUACAAGGAUGAAUCCUUCCAUUCGUGGCAAAUUGUGUUCUGGAUCCUGGCCGCCACCUAUAUCUCGGGAGCUGUGGUGUUCGCCAUUCUUGGCAGCGGUGAACUGCAGCCGUGGAACAACCCUCCGGAGCGUGUUAGGAUCAGCGACGUCACCCAGGAGGAGGGUGUGCCCCUAAAGAACGAGAAGUGAUUUCCCAUCGCCAGUGAGACUCAUUCGGUGCCACUGCUGUUCGGGAUGAGCGGAGGGGAAUGAGAGCCAAGAGGAAGAUAUCAACCCACCGGGAAUCAUCAUCCGCACAAGUUAAAGUAGUUGUUACUUCACCAUUGAGAUUACGGGGCUUUCAUUGGGCAAUCCCUUAAUCAGAGAACUGCAGACCGAAAGGCACCGGACACUCAGUACACAGAGAAAAACAUGAUAUGAAAGACAUUAUUUUUAUAGACACUGCAUGGUUUUUUCGCACAAACACAACACACACAAACAUCUCAUACCCAUACACAACCCCAAAAACCACUGUACACCGAUGCACUCGUCUGCUAAAUGGAAAUUGACUAUAUUUAUAAGUAAUAUUUACUUUAGUACGCCUACACAUGUAACUGUAGGCGAUAUGUAUGUAGCCUAAAUGAUUUAUAGUAUUCUGUAUGUCCACAGAGCGCACAGUUGGCUGGUGGAAGGACCUCAUCCUAUUUUCGAUCCACGAUCAGCUGCUGUGCACCAUAUGUUUCGUUUAAUUUAUAAUGUAGCCCAUAACUACUGUCUAGCUUAGAUGAACAAAAUACUUAUGCAAGUAGGGAAAUACAUAAAGAUAUGCCGAUAGUGUAGCUAAGUUGAUACAGCAUGUAACUUUGUACUAUACUUGACUAUUUAUGUAAUUAAUUUAAACAUUUCUAAGUUCAUAAUAAAGCGUAACUCAGAAAGAAAG